UGUGUUUUGGCCAUCAGCGUGAAAAAUGAUGAAAAUAUCAAAAAGAGCUUACAUAUAAAAACGAUGUCAAAAUUAAUUCAAAUGCCAUCAAAGACAUGGCUGAAAUACAAGCGGUGGGACGUGAUCAAACGAUUUCAAUCAGCUGCGUCAACCGUGAAUCUUGGAAACAGAACACUUACCAUAGAAACAGGGAAACUGGCCAAAUUUGCAGAUGGUGCAGCAGUUAUAAAGCAAGGAGAAACCAGUGUUCUUGUAACAGCAGUGACAAAAACUCUAUCCCAGCCAUCUUCAUUUCUUCCUCUCACUGUUGAUUACAGACUGAAAGCAGCAGCAGCAGGGAGGAUUCCUAUGAACUAUUUCCGUCGAGAACGGGGUCCUUCAGAGAGUGAAAUCCUCACAAGUCGUGUUAUAGAUCGAUCAAUAAGACCUCUUUUUCCAGAUGAAAGCAGCAGGGAAAUUCAGGUGUGUUGCAAUGUAUUAGCAGUUGAUGGAGAAAAUGAUCCCGCAAUUCUCAGUAUCAAUGCAGCAUCAGCUGCCAUAGCCGUGUCUUCUGUACAGUAUCAAUGGAACGGUCCUGUAGGAGCUGUCAGGGUUGGAUAUGUAGAUGAUAAAUUUGUAAUAAAUCCACUUCGCCGUGAGCUGGAGCAGAGUAAAAUUAACCUAGUGGUUACAUCCAGUAAACAAGGAAUAGUUAUGCUGGAGGGAGGAGCCAAUGCUGUAGAUUACGAUUUGUUUAAGGAAGCCAUUAAGGUUGGUUACGAAGAGUCUUUUAGUAUCAUUGAAAGUAUUGAGGAUCUGAGAAAAUCAGCCAGUGAAAAUAAGUAUAUUCCUAAACGUCUGCCUCCAAGAUUUCAGGAUACAGAAAUUCAAGAUGCUGUGUACAGGUUGUGCAAUACAAAGUUGAAAGCGGUGUUUACAGAUUACAAUCAUGAUAAGUUUUCAAGAGAUUCAGCUGUGAAGCUUAUUGUCAGUGGUGUUAUGAAUGAAUUAAAAGAUCUUUAUCCAUCCAUGACAGAAGAUGAUUUAAAUCAGUACAUACAGAGGUGUAUUAAACAAGUCUUCAGGGAGAGUAUCUUUACUAUGGGGAAAAGGUGUGAUGGCAGAAGUUUAACACAGCUCAGAAACAUUUCCUGUAGUGUAGACGUACUCAAACCCUUGCAUGGAUCCUCUCUUUUCCAGAGAGGUCAAACACAGGUUCUGUGCACCAUGGCUUACGAUUCUUUAGACAUGUCAUUAAAGUUUGAUCCUGUUGCACAGCUCAUCAGUGGUGCAAAGGAGAAGAAUUUUAUGUUACAUUACGAGUUUCCAGCAUAUGCCACCAAUGAAAUAGGACGACCUGGAACAGCAACAGCUAGAAGGGAGAUAGGACAUGGUGCCCUGGCAGAGAGAGGUCUGAGACCGAUCAUACCAGAUAAUCUCCCCUUUACAUUACGCCUCACUUCAGAAGUACUGGAAUCUAAUGGAUCCUCCUCCAUGGCUUCAGUUUGUGGGGGGAGUCUGGCUCUGAUGGAUGCAGGGGUCCCAGUGAAGGAGGCAGCAGCAGGGGUGGCCAUUGGACUGGUGACCCAGGUGGACAAGUACGGAGAUAUUGCAUCCCAUAGGGUUCUCACUGACCUAAUGGGUAUAGAAGAUUACUUUGGAGACAUGGACUUCAAAAUUGCAGGAACUAAAAAUGGAGUCACAGCAUUGCAGGCAGACAUUAAAUUAUCAUUUUUACCUCUGGACAUAGUAUUUGAAGCUAUUGAUGCUGGUAAAAGUGGAAUUAACAGAAUUUUAAAGAUUAUGAACUCUGUGAUAAGUAAACCAAGGGAAGCUAAAAGUAAUGCCCCAGUAACAGAAAAGUUUACCGUAAAUCCUCAGAAGAGAUCCCGUGUGAUCGGGGUCGGAGGUCAAAGGCUACGACAACUAGCCCAGAAGACCGGCGUCCAGAUGUCGGUGCUGGACGAAAGUACAUUUGAUUUGUUUGCUCCAGACAAGACGGCCCUGGCAGAAGCCAAAGAGUUACUGAACAGUUGGCUAGAGGAGAAGGUUGCUCCUAAUCUGGUGUUUGGUGCUAUAUACACUGUGAAAAUACUGGAAGUAAAGGUAGCGGGUGCCUUGGUAGAGAUCCAUCCCAGCAUGGAGCCAGUAUUCAUACAUAGAAAACAAUUGGACAUCAGAAUGGUUCAAGAUGCCACAGUUUUGGGAUUUAAGCCUGGAGAUGAGAUUCAAGUGAAAUACUUCGGGAACGAUCCUGUGAGUGGUGGGAUCAGACUGUCUCGUAGGGUUCUUCUGUCCCCGGCAUUACCAGCAUUCAAGUCUUGACACCGGCACAAUUCUAGUUUUAAUAUAUGACUACUAAGAUCUUGGAAUUCCAAGAAUAGAAAGAAAGACAAGGGAUAGAAUGAGAAAGUCACACAGAAAGUGGCUCUAGAUGAUCUGCUUGUCUUAAAUAUGCCACGUUAAGGACCUGUACCUGAUCUUGAAGGAGUCAGUGUUGAGUACUGCAAGAGGAGGGAUAUUUGAAUUGUUUGACCUAAUGGUGUUGUUUAAUUUAAAAUCAAAAGGACAAUAAAGUUAUAAAUUUGCUACGAGUCUACAAAAUUAUCUUAUAUUGCAUGUUUUUUUUUUAUCAAGAAAAAAAACCAUUUCUUAGUGUCAUUUAUGUGCCAAGAAAGUGAAAAAAUAAUUACAUGUGUUUGAAAAGAAAUAUUAUUCAUAAAUGUGUGAAAACCUGGCUUUCUCUCUGACACUCAGUACACUUAAUCAUUUAUUUGUUCACAGCAAUCAUUAAUUAAUAACAAAUACACUGAAAUAGCUUUUUAUUAAGAUACUUUUGAGGUGUAUGAUAAUAUCUGACUUCCGUUUUCAUACUAGUAUAUUGAAAUAUUCCAAAGUUACUGUCUUUGGUGUAUGUUUUAUUCAAUGCUAAUUUUUAUGGUUUUAUUCAAGUAUUUUUUUUUUUAGUGAAAAAAUAUAUGAAAAUGAUAUUUCCUGUCAAAUCAGAAUGUGAAAUUUAAUUUAGCCUGAAUUACUAAGUAACUGUGCACUUAACCCUGAUCAUAUAAUACAUGUAUUAUUUUUCUGAGACUUGGAUGAUGUAAAUGGUUAGUUGUCUCCUAAUGGAGAAAUCUGUGAUAGUAAAUAUCAACAGAAAUAAAACUAUGAUUUGUUAUAAUAAAAAAGUGAAAUGUGUUUAAAA